AAAUACUGUAAGCUACCAAAUCCAUGGUCCACAAACUUAUAAAUCUACACAGUUUCCUUCAGGAGUAUGGAUCUCUUCCAUACCAAUUGCACUCUAAGAAAUUUAAGAAGAAUCAAUAGCUUGAGGGAAUAUAUGUUUCCUUGAGAAGCCCUGUCUUUUCAUGCUGAAGUUGCCUGCAUUUGUCGUAUCAGCAUGGUUUCUCUAAUGGCGAGUAGACGGAACAGGAGGUUUCCUUUUUCCAUUCAUCUGCAUAUGAUUCUUCGUCGUCUUUUCCUUUUUGUUCUGAUUGGUGGCUUAGAAAGUUUGGCGGUUCUCUCAGUGAGCAAUAAGAUCCCCGAUUAUGUAUCAGCAGUGGGGGACCCAGGAAUGAGGAGAGAUGCGCUACGGGUGGCAAUAGAGUCGUGGAAUCAGUGCAAUGAGGUUGAUGAAGAAGCUCCCAACAUGGGAAGCCCCAGAGCUGCUGAUUGCUUUGACAUAUACAAAGCUUCUCCUAAGGGAAAUGAUAACAGUUGUUCACUGUGCAAACUGCUGCCCUACAUACUAGUCCACAGGGUGACUGAGCAUGACAACAGGCUUGGAUUCGGAGACCCUUUCCCGGGAGGUCGCAUAAACGAUGCCCAGUUAAAUGUAGACCAGUAUGCGGCCCUAAAGGAACUCUACUUGGGAGGAAAGUGCCAAGUUGAGGACACCCCAAGCCCCUGGCAGUUUUGGAUGGUCAUGCUCAAGAGCGGGAAUAUGGAUACUUUCGCCGCAAAGUGCCCAAAGAAUGGCCAUAGGGUGGGACCUAUUGGCCCCGACACUGCCUUUCCUUGCUUCGGGAAGGGAUGCAUGAACCAGCCUCUAAUGUAUCAUGACUACACAACCCUGCAAGGCCCUAACUUGACCAGCCUAAAGGGUCGGUUCUACGGGUCGUGGGACUUGGACUCUAAUAGCAGCAGUAUCAAUAGAGGUGACAGUAAUAGGUCGUACUAUUCGGUGACGUGGGAAAAGGAGCUCGGGCAGGGGAGUUGGGUUUUCCAUCAUGUACUCAGGACUUCCACAAAGUAUCCUUGGCUUAUGCUUUACUUGAGGUCAGAUGCUACACGUGGAUUUUCUGGUGGGUACCAUUACCCAACAAGAGGGAUGUCCAAAGUUAUCCCGGAAUCCCCUAACUUUAGAGUAAGGUUCACUCUAAAUGUAAUACGAGGGGGUGGCCCGAAUAGCCAGUUCUACCUUAUGGAUAUGGGAAGCUGCUGGAAGAACAACGGUCAGCCCUGUGAUGGGGAUGUCACUUCUGAUGUCACCCGGUACAGUGAGAUGAUCAUAAAUCCUAACGCGACUUCAUGGUGCCACCCUGGCAACCUCAACGUGUGCCCACCUUACCACACAUUCUCGAAUGGGACGUGGGUCCACAGAAACGAGACCAGCAGGUUCCCUUACAGCGCGUACCACCUUUACUGUUACCCUGGGAAUGCACAGCAUUUGGAGGCACCUUACAGCUUGUGUGACCCGUACAGUAAUCCUCAACCUCAAGAGAUAGUGCAGAUCUUGCCCCACCCAGUAUGGGGAGAGUACGGGUAUCCUACGAGGCAAGGAGAAGGUUGGAUUGGCGAUCCCAGGACGUGGGAGUUGGAUGUGGGAAGACUGUCCCAAUCCCUUUAUUUUUACCAGGAGCCGGGAACGCCACCAGCAAGGAGGCAGUGGAUGUCCAUUGAUUUGGGGACUGAAAUCUUCAAAGAUCCAGAUCAAGUGGCUGAGUGGACAGUCAGUGACUUCGAUAUUCUUGUAUUGAAGCAAUGAACACGAAGAAGACUGUACAAGAAAAACAGCUUCGCGCCCACAAAACAAUUGAUUUUUCAGGGAAUAGAUGAAAUCUUCAACCCGAAGGGUUUCUGUUGCUUCUAAGAUCCUCACUAUUAGGAUCAGACAAAACAUGAUCAGGUUAAAGAACAGAGAGGAUCUGGCAAAAUUCUGGUUGUUCCGUUUGGCUUUUUCCCUCCGUGGAAGAACAAUGAUAACAGUGCAUGUAAGGACAAUAGCUCAAUUGCAGAUGAGUUGUUUGUUAUUUCAAGGGGAGAGGACGCCAUUAUUGAGUCCAUUAUUAGUUUCAUUGCUUUAAAAUUCAUUACAGUGUAUUUUUCGAAACAUCUCAUCAUCCUGCAAUGAAUCUUUUAGUGAAGAUAGUUCUGUGAACCAAUACUGUACUUGAAUGUAUUAAAGGGUGCAUGAUUAAAACA